GUCUCAGCUCGUGUUCUUAGACCAGAAUGGCUACAAAGAGCCGGUAUGUGCUGCAGAGAGUGCUGAGAGGACUCCGAGCUCACAGUGUUUGCUCCCAGAGCUCAGCCUCGACCUCCAGUGAAGGACGCCUGCUGUGGAGACCUGCAGUCAGACACCUGAGCUGCUCUUACUCCCUCUGUCAGGCUGCUGCUCCAACCACAGGUCCCAGCAGUUUGUCCUUCAGGAGUCACACCUGUGGAGAACUGAGAACGGAUCAUGUGGGAGAGAGAGUCACUCUGUGCGGCUGGGUCCAAUACCUGAGGCAAGACCUAUUCAUCAUCCUGCGAGAUUUCAGCGGCUUGACUCAAGUUCUAAUCCCUCAGGAAGAAUCUGCAAGUAAUUUGAAAGCAGUGCAGUGUGAUCUCACCGUCGAGUCUGUCGUCAAGGUUACAGGAACAGUAAGACGACGACCAGCGGGGCAGGAGAACAAGGCCAUGUCAACGGGAGAAGUUGAAGUCCUGGCUGAGAGUGUGGAAGUUUUCAAUGUGUGCCGGAGGUUGCCUUUUGAAAUUAAAGAAUUUGUCAAAAAGUCUGAGUCUUUGCGGAUGCAGUACCGCUACCUGGACCUGAGGUCCUCUCAGAUGCAGAGGAACCUCAGACUGAGGUCUCAGCUGGUGAUGAAGAUGAGAGAAUACCUCUGUAAUGUGCACGGUUUUGUCGAUGUGGAAACUCCGUCUUUGUUUAAAAGAACACCAGGGGGAGCCAAAGAGUUUGUGGUUCCGUCCAGAGAGCCAGGCCGCUUUUACUCUCUGCCUCAGAGUCCACAGCAGUUCAAACAGCUUCUGAUGGUGGCUGGUAUAGACAGGUACUUCCAGAUGGCACGGUGCUACAGAGAUGAAGGUUCCAAACCAGACCGGCAACCUGAGUUCACCCAGGUAGACAUAGAAAUGUCUUUUGUGGACCAGGCAGGUAUCAUGUCCCUGGUGGAAGGUUUGUUACAGUACUCCUGGCCUGCAGACAAAGGUCCCCUUGAGGUUCCUUUCCAAACCAUGACGUAUGAAGAGGCCAUGAGGGACUACGGAGUGGACAAGCCUGAUACUAGAUUCAAUAUGAAAUUAAUUGACCUCAGUCAGUUUUUCUUAUCCACGGAGAUUGAAUUCCUCAGAUCAGCUCUCAGCCAACCAGGAGGCUCGGUUCAGGCCGUCUGUGUCCCCAGUGGAGCGACACUGUUUUCGGGAAAAGAUUUGGAAGAGCUGAAACAAACGGCCAAGACUCAGUUUGGACAGGAGCUCAGCGUGGUGCAGGUCAAAGCAGACGGGACACUGAAGUCUCCCCUGAAGAAGCUGCUGUCUGUCUCAGCCACAGAGGAGCUGCUGCAGAGGACUGCAGCCAAUCCAGGAGACCUGCUGCUGCUGGCUGCUGGCUCCCUCCACUCUGUGCGUCCGUUGCUAGGUAAUCUUCGCCUGAAGUGUGUGGAGCUCCUGGCGUCUCGUGGCGUGUCAGUCUGCGACCCCUCAGCCUUCCACUUCCUGUGGGUUGUGGACUUCCCUCUCUUCUUGCCUAAAGAAGAGGAGCCUGAGCAGCUGGAGUCAGCCCAUCAUCCAUUUACUGCGCCGCUGCCAGAGGACGCACACUUACUCUACACAGAGCCACACAAGGUCCGUGGUCAGCACUAUGACCUGGUGUUGAAUGGCUGUGAGAUUGGAGGAGGCUCCAUCCGCAUCCACAAGGCCUCAGAGCAGCUUCACGUGCUGAAGAGUAUCCUCAAGGAGGACCCCAGUCUUCUCUCUCACCUGCUAGAGGCUCUGGACUCGGGAGCACCACCACAUGGAGGCAUUGCUCUGGGUUUGGACCGGCUUGUGUCAAUCAUGGUCGGGGCUCCGAGCAUCCGUGAUGUCAUUGCCUUCCCUAAGUCAUUCCGGGGUCACGACCUCAUGAGCUGCGCCCCUGACUUUGUUUCUGAGGAGGAGCUGAAGACUUACCACAUCUCUGUCAAAUGGCCCACAGAGCAAGGAGGAGGAGGAAGAGAGGGGAAGUGAGGAGGUAAAGGAGGACGGGCUGAUGUCUUAACGGACCUUGAUAACACACCCAACAGAGGAGUGUGAGGACAAGGAGACAGAGAUGACAACCAGCAGGCGGUGCAGAUACUGUAGCCUGUGGAGACCUCCGCCAGCUGGCCGGCAAAUAAGAGGAGGAGGAGGAGAGAAAAUGUGGAGGAGGUGAUGCUGUGGAUGCGUCUCAGCACUGUUACUUUGGAGUGGAAGAGAAAAAGGGAAUCUAAUCAGCUAAAACAUACAUAAUGGAAAUCUGAAAUACAUGAAACUGACAUAAAAACAGCUGAGUUUAAAUUGAUAUGUUGGUUUAUAGACACUGAACCUCUUUGAGGGUGGUGCAGUACUCUCAGACCGUUGUCUUCUUUAAUCUUUCUUUAACCCUUUGAAACCUGAAGCAAAAUCAAUUUACUGGCACUGCCUUCAAAUGUCUUUCACAAGUAUGAAAAGCUUUGAACCUUGAGCAAAUUGGUGAGAAAUGUUCCACAAAUUGCAAGA